AUGAGUAGCUACGAGAACUCCGUCUACCUGGCCAAGCUCGCCGAGCAGGCCGAGCGCUAUGAGGAGAUGGUUGAGAACAUGAAGACCGUCGCCUCCGCAGACCAGGAGCUUUCCGUCGAGGAGCGGAAUCUCCUCUCCGUCGCCUACAAGAACGUCAUCGGUGCCCGCCGUGCUUCCUGGAGAAUCGUGACCUCGAUCGAGCAGAAGGAGGAGUCGAAGGGCAACGAGUCCCAGGUUGGCCUGAUCAAGGAGUACCGCCAGAAGAUUGAGGCCGAGCUCGCCAAGAUCUGCGAGGACAUCCUGGAGGUUCUGGACCAGCACCUGAUCCCCUCUGCGCAGAGCGGCGAGUCCAAGGUUUUCUACCACAAGAUGAAGGGUGACUACCACCGUUACCUCGCUGAGUUCGCCAUUGGCGAUAAGCGCAAGACCUCUGCCGACAAGUCUCUCGAGGCUUACAAGGCUGCCACCGAGGUUGCCCAGACCGACCUGGCUCCCACUCACCCCAUCCGCCUUGGUCUCGCCCUGAACUUCUCCGUCUUCUACUACGAGAUUCUCAACUCGCCCGACCAGGCUUGCCACCUCGCCAAGCAGGCGUUCGAUGACGCCAUUGCUGAGCUCGACACUCUCAGCGAGGAGAGCUACAAGGACUCCACCCUCAUCAUGCAGCUGCUCCGUGACAACCUGACCCUGUGGACCUCUUCUGAGGCCGAGCCCGCUGCUGAGGCCGCGGAGGCGCCCAAGGAGGCCGCCGCCGAGGCUGCCCCCGCCGAGGAGGCCAAGGCAUCCGAGUAA